GAUGGAUACUCUCUUUUUAAAACACUCUUGAGCCUAUUUUUUCGUACGAUACAGCCUGUUAUGAAUAUUUAAAGUAUGCUUUUAAAGGCAUUUAAUUGAAGUCCGUGAUUCAUGGAGAAGUACUACUGGAGCACUCAUUGAAACUGUACAGAAAAGGUGGUAUUUCGAGUCGAAUUCAAUUCUGAGAAUUGUUUUAAUAAGGAACGUUUAUGAAUGAAAUAAAUGGCACGAAUUAUGUAGAUGCCGUCGAAAUUAAAUGGAAUAAUUGUGUUGUGUUUUGAGUAAAAACGGUAUGGGAAAAAUACAUGUCAGAUUUACAGUAAAAAUGGAAUAUACUCUUUUUAAUCGAAGGCCACGGAAUUCACUGACGUUCAUGAUCCAGCAACGAAUGAAUUGUUAUGUCGCACACCAAAAUCCACAAAAGAAGAAAUGGAGAUGGCUGUGAAAAGUGCAAAGGAAGCAUAUAAAAAAUGGAAAAAUACUAGUGUUUUAACUAGACAAACGCUAAUGCUUAGAUAUCAAGCUCUUAUACGCGAACAUUCUAAAGAAAUCGCAGAGAACAUGGUAAAGGAAAAUGGGAAAACAAUGGCUGAUGCCGAAGGCGACGUUCUUCGAGGACUUCAGGUAGUGGACGCGUGUACCGCAAUUCCUUCGUUACAAAUGGGCGAGAGCACACCAAAUAUCGCUACAGAUAUGGACAUAAUUUCCUACAAAGUUCCCCUUGGCGUAACUGCCUCCAUCUGUCCGUUCAAUUUCCCCGCGAUGAUACCUCUUUGGUCGUUUCCUAUCUCAGUCGUCUGUGGAAAUGCCACGAUCCUCAAACCAUCGGAGCGUGUGCCAGGAGCUUCGAUGAUCCUAGCUGAUUUGUUCAGUAAAGCCGGUGCUCCACCAGGAUUGUUGAAUAUUAUCCACGGCCAACACACCGCUGUCGAUUUCAUCUGCGAACAUCCUGAUAUCAAGGCAGUUUCUUUUGUUGGUUCCGAUCAAGCGGGAAAAUACAUUUAUAAACAAAGCAGCGCGCAUGGAAAACGUGUGCAGUGUAAUAUGGGAGCGAAGAAUCACUGUGUAAUUUUGCCAGAUGCAAACAAAAACAAAACUAUUUCCCAAAUUGUGGGUGCUGCUUUCGGUGCUGCUGGCCAAAGGUGUAUGGCGCUUUCUGUAGCCAUAUUCGUAAGCAAUUCAAAGGAUUGGAUACCGGAAUUAGUGGAAGCUGCAAAGAAAUUAAAAGUGAAUGCUGGACAUGUACCUGGUACCGAUCUUGGACCAGUAAUAUCGCCACAAUCUAAAAAGAAAAUAUGCGAUCUGAUCGAAACAGGAGUAAAAGAUGGUGCCACUUUGGCUCUGGAUGGAAGAGGACUAGUUGUCCGUGGUUUUGAAAAGGGAAAUUUCGUUGGACCAACCGUAUUAACAAACGUGAAGCCUUCGAUGCAAUGUUAUACCGAGGAAAUCUUUGGACCCGUUCUUUCCUGUAUAUUUGCUGAUACUUUAGAUGAGGCUAUCAACAUUAUUAACAACAAUCCUUAUGGGAAUGGAACUGCUGUGUUUACGUCAAACGGUGCAACGGCAAGAGCGUUUGUAAAUAGAAUAGAAGCUGGCCAAGUUGGUGUAAAUGUUCCUAUUCCAGUCCCAUUACCCAUGUUCAGCUUUACUGGAAAUAAAGGUUCCUUUUUGGGUGAUAAUCAUUUUUACGGAAAGCAUGGUGUAAAUUUCCAUACGCAAGUAAAGACAAUAACGCAGCUGUGGAGAUCUGGGGAUGCUGGUGAUAUUGCUUCUUCCACGGCUAUGCCAACUAUGCAAUAAAAUAAACGUUCCUCGACAAUAAUGCAAAGCAUUAUGAUGGAGAGUGUCUCUUUAUAUUUCUUAAAAAUUUUGCGAAGAGACAAAUAAAUAGGGCGAAAGUUCCUUUUUUUUAAAGAAACAGGAGUAACUUCUCAACACUAUAUU